AUGGUGAUGACAACACUAGUUGUGGUGUUGGGGCUGGUCACCAAACUAACUCCAUCACACGCAAUCAACGAGAAGGAAACGGUAGUGCUGAGGAAUGACAUCCCGAGCGAAGAUGUGACUAUCCAUCCUUACUCCUCUGAAGACAACCUCGGAGUGCACGUGCUCCCGUAUGGUGCGAAUUUCACUUUUCACUUCCGCAUAAAUGUUUUGUCAACCACCAAAUUCUUGUGCGAUUUCUUCACCUCGCACGGCUCCGGGAACUAUGCUGUUUUUGACACCAGAUUGGGAUAUAAAUGUUGGGGUUACUGCUUGUGGACCAUCGGGGCCUAUGGACUGUGCCUCCAGCAGGUCGACAAUCAACUUUACUGCCAAACCUGGAAAAGACCUCCUGAUAAGAUGAUAAAAAAUGUAACCAAGUUGUAG